UAAUAUUUGAGGUUUCCUUUUGUUGGUUUGCACUUCGCUGUCUAUAGCAAAAGUAUAAAAGAGAUCUGAUUUGUUUUGAAAAGUAUCACUGCUUACGAUGAAGCUUAUCAUUCUCCUCCUGGCUCUUACUGCAGCUGCCCAUGCUGAACGUCACUUCAAUCCACAACAUCAAUGGAACGCAGAAGCAAUCGAUAAUAUUGUUUUCAUUCAUAACAAGCUAAGAAACGCUGCUUCGCAUGGACUUUGGGAACGCUACAGCAUCUCCAAAUCGUCAAACAUGCAACUUCUGUCCUGGAAUGAGUCAUUGGUUGCUGAAGUCGAGAAUGAAAAAUACUACUGUGAACCUGCUGAUAACAAAAACCUACCUAUCAAACUUGGAGAUAACAUCUACCAAUACGAUGUCAAUACUUAUGACGAUAUUGAUGGCGUUGGAGCAAUGGGAAGUAUUAAUAAGGAUACACACAAUGCGCUGAAAUCCGAAGAGAAAGCUACAAAGAAUCGUCUUAGACAAAUGCUUUACUCUAAAUCUAAGUCAAUUGGAUGUAUCUACGAAAGUUGUGACAAGAUUGAUUCAAAGGGGAUCAACUAUAACACUCGUCUUGUUAUCUGCAAGUAUAGUCCUCCUUUGGAGAAUAUUGAUGAGCAACUGUUCGACAAAGGAGAGCCAUGCUCUAACUGCCCAAGUGGGACAUCGUGUGGAACUGAUCCAAAUGAAAUGAUGAAACUUUGUAAAUGAGUUCUAAAAAUGUUAAAUAAAUUGGUCGAGCAUUAA